AUGGAUAAGGCGCUUUACACGGCCCAACUAAUAUCAUCGGCCCAUCUCGUAACAAAACCAAACGAACAACACUAUUAUGCAUUGAUUAGGCUGACUAAACCCGUCUAUAGUCGAAGAAGGCUCUCUGGAUCAAAGUCAGCGAUGAGUGGUGGUACAGUGGCACUGCACAGUGUGUUCGUCUACGGCAGCCUCAUGGCGGACGACGUCGUUCGCCUGCUCCUCAACCGCGUCCCUUCCACAGCCUCCGCGACCCUCCCUGAUUUCCAUAGAUUUAGCAUCAAAGGACGUGUUUACCCCGCGAUUCUACCAGCUCAAGACGAUAAAGUCUCUGGCAAGGUACUGUUUGGGAUCACAGAUGAUGAACUUUACAUUUUAGAUGAGUUUGAAGAUAUCGAGUAUGAAAGAGACAACGUCCAUGUUUUUCUUACAGAUAGCUCAGAGAAACUGGAAACAAAGACAUACAUCUGGGCCAACAAAGAUGAUCCUGAUCUCUACGGUUCAUGGGAUUUCGAGGAGUGGAAGGAAGUUCACAUGGAAGGUUUCUUGAAGAUGACCACAGAAUUUUCACAAGAGAUGAAGUUCCCAGAAUCAUCUGAGACAUGAUUUGAAUCAGUAGGAUGAGAUUCGGUAUUGUUUCAUCUUGAAAUGGAAAACGCUGGAACUGUGUUGAUAUAUUAUUAUGGGAAGGAUUAAUAUUCUUCGUCAUGAAUACAAUACAUAGUGUGUAAGGAAUAAGAGUCUUCUUUACUGUGGUGUAUGGUCAUCAAUACUCAUGCAUAUAUGUUAGACCUUUGAUUGUUUGAUUA